UUCCGUGGAUUGAUUGAUUUACCAUGCCGUUCGCACUGCGGACAGUGGAACCAUCAAGGUACGAUAUCUUACCAGGGUCGCUUAAAGCCGAGGAUCAUACCUUAGUUCCUGUGGAAAUUGCCAACAAACUCGCGGUCACUGUGCUACAGCAGUUAAAAUGCUUGGUGAGACACGCUGAUGAUGUUUUCUGUGAUCUUACCGAAGAGUGUCACAAAGUUGUGGAGAGAACUGAGAAAAUUAAGAGUAAAGUGAAAUCCUUGAGCGUUGCUGUGGAAAAUUUAAAUUACAGGGAUGUUCCAAUACCUGUUGGAGACCUGAAGGUAUUCUGUCAGAAGGAGAAUGGUAUUGACCACUUCACAGCGCGCCAUGGCUUCGAGUGUCUCCUGUUCGCCCCGGACACACGUCCCCAGUGCCUCAAGGACCAGUACAGUAUGGCCAUGCUUAACCCUGUCCAGAUUAUCCGCAAGUGUGAUGAGUACAGGAGAGAUGGGGUCAAGGGCUCCAUGCUCUUCAGGCAAUGGCCGGUGUUCGUCAAACAGCCAAAAUCCAAGACACCAGAUCUCUCCAUCAGAAGGUUACCUCUGGUUGUAUCAUUUGAGAAAGAGUACAAACCGUUGAAGCUGAGGAACAUUAUCAUUCAACGUUCAGACUCUGGUGAGAAGGAAGAUGAAGAGGACACCAAAUUGGACACUGCCGUCAUCCCAAUUGAUACUUCAGGGGUGGCUUUCCAGCGAAUGUGUUCCUUCAGACAGUCUUUGCGCAGUGUAGAUGAGGUGGAAGGAGAAGUGGCUGACAAGAGUCUCAAGAAGAAACGAAGACAGACAUUUUCUGGUGUACCGCAGAACAUCUGGAAGGAAAUACGCGCUUUCGAGAACAGUAAAGUUGGUGAGAAUAAAAGGAACAGUAUUCAGGAUAAGUUAAAAUCCUACAGCUUUGAUGACUUGGAUUCUGCCCCUGGUGGCACGGUAGAAGAAGGGGAGUUAAUCAAGUACCUCAAUGCAGUAGAGGACAGAAUUGAAGAACGCGAGGAGCUGGAACAAAGUUUGCAAGAGAACAAGUUCUUAAGACUCAUACCUUGCCGGCGGUCUUGUUCUUUGCCCAGAUCUGCCAAACUUCAUGCUAACAGGACUAAGCACCUUCAGUCUCGUCCACUAAGUAAAUGUGAGGCAAAGUCUGAAACCACCUUGGCCACAUUAAGAGGCAGUGUUACUGCGUUAGCAAGCAAGAGAUGUAGUAGCAUAGGUAGCACGUUAAGCCUUCAUUCGGCAGGUUCUGCGGCAUCCAGUAGACAGUCACGCUCCAGUAAGAGGUCCAGUAUUGUGGGCGUCCAGAGGAUCAAAUCCAUGCUCAAAGGUGGGCCUAAGGCUCAGAAGGAGGUGCGCCCCAAAUCCCUCGACCUGGAUGCCCUCGACACUGAACCUGAGGAAGAAUCACCCACCGCUACUAACCUCAGCCGAACCCCCAGCAUGCCCGAAGGGAUGCACAGAAAUGUGGGUCCAGGGUCUUUCUACUCCUUUGAGAAUAACACCUUACCAAAGAUGUUGGCCAAGAAGUAUGACUUCCCAUGGGAGAGCCUACCCAAAGACUGGACUACCUCAGUGAAGUUAAGAGAAAUUUCCAAGAGGAGAAUCAGAGAGGAGAGAAAUUCAUCUUCAGGAAACUGGAGUGGAAGCAGUGCGCGGCACUCCAUGGAGUCUGAGAGGGCUAAGUCUCUGGGAGCUCUGUCCCAGAGGUCAGUGGGCACAGAUUCAGGCCGAGAGUCACCUACUCCAACCGCUGAUGAGACAACAACAGACACUGCAGGAGAAGCUGGCGAUGAGGGCAGUGUGGUAACAGGUGACACAGGAAAGUCCUGUGUGGACAGUAGGACAAAGUCUCGGCUAGACACAGAAGCCUGGCUACGUAACCUCAGUAUCAGGGCAGCUGCCAGAGAUGACUCAUCCAGUAGCUCUGAAACUCUUGCCUCCCUCACCAAACAGAAUGUGGCAUCCUUGGAAGACUUCACUGGGGACAUCCUGGAACGGUAUCGGCUUAUGGAUGACGAUGCAUCAUCAGUUUAUUCUUUAGAUCAAGAAGGGUUUUACACCUCAUUCCACAAUGACAGUGGCCUGCGACGAAGCACAACGACUCUAUGGGAAGAGGAAGAAGCCACGUCUCCUGUAGAUGGCAAGUCUUGCAGUGUCCACAGUGUCUCUAGUAACCUUUCUGUGGACAGUGUAAUCUAUAAUCCGCUUUUAAAAACUGUUCCCUCACCUGUCAUCAUGAGACCGCCACCCAAAAGGCAGGUUUCUAGUGGAGGAGAUAGUGAUGGCAGUGCAAUUUUCAAUCUGCCAGCACCAACACCCCAACCCUCCCUGAACCCAACAGUAGACUUCUCUUUCUCUGAAUCUGACCAAGAACUUAUCUAUGCAAGAGUAAAACAGAAGACAAGAAUUUCGACGACAAUGUAUCCCUCCCUUUGUGAUGUGUCUUCUUCAGACAGCGAUGGAGAAGGCACGAGAACUAAGACAAUUGGCACGGACAGACUUCACCAGCAGAAGCCCCUCUUUGAUCCAGAGUCUGUGGAAGUGGUUGAACUUUUGCCUGGACUUAAGUCCAGUUUAGGAGCAGUUAAAGUUAAUGAUUUGCACAAUGGUUUAGAUAACAAAGGUAAUCAAACUUCCAAAGUCCUUUCAACCUUUUCGUCCUCGGGAAGUAAUGAUUCAUCUACCUUUGAAACCACAGGCAAGGUGGCUCCUCAAGCUAGCAUGGCACAAAAUGCAUCAGAGUCAAACUUGGACAGGUCUACAGGAUCUUCUUUCCAAAGCUUUUCGAGUGUUUCAUCAUUGGAAAGAAGGCCCUCGGCGGCCAAAGGGCAACCGAAACUUAAGCAUUCGGGUUCCUUGGACGAUUCUAAUUUAUUAGGGUCAUCAUCAGAGGAUAAACCAUGUAAGAAGCAAGUUUUCAAUUCACUACCUCGCCAUUACCAUGUUUACAAGCGUAACAGUUUCGGGCCAGAAUACACUAACUCGUGGCCCAGGUCUCAUAAUUCGGCUGACCAUUUGUCAACCAUUCCUCAGCCAGCCACUGGAAUCUUGAAAUCCACAAACAAGCCAUCCAGUGUAACCAAGGCCCCAAAAACAUUGAACUUUGCACCGGUGGUGAACAUGUUCGAUCCAGGGACCCCCGAAGCUGUCCAAGUUUUACUCACAAGUUCUGGAGAGUCUCCAGUUAGAGAAGUGAACAGAACAAAGCUGCCACAGACUAACUCUUUCACAGCGCCUGCAGGUAAAGCUGUGAAGCUUGAGAAUGCCCGACCAUUAUCCUCAGGCUCUGAGUCUGAAUGUACCAUUGAUGGUGAAUUACCUGUUAAAUACAGACCCACGCUCAUUGUACGACCUGGUAAACGUCCUUCAAGUCGCUCUUCAGAUGUUAAUCCCUAUGCCACUUCUCCACUGACGAAAAGCAGUGUGAAAAAGAGCACAGGAAGCUCUCUAAGCAGUAAUGACAAUGGAGAGUUAGGGGUGUACAGAAAAUCCCUGGUGACAUCUCCUACUGUGGACAGUGGCAUUGGGUCUGUGGGUGACCUUAGCCCAUCAACACCAACGUCGAGCCUCGGGGCAGAUGAGGAUUUUGAACAUGAGGAUUCAAGACAAAAGGUCAACAGUCCUGGCCAAGAUAAUGUGUUCACGAACAGCCUGACUCAACAGAAAGCACAACUGAAUAUAAACAAUCCUCCCCCUAGUGGGUCAAAUGUGGGUGCUGAUACACAGAAAACUUUUGGAUUAGGCCUUUUGGUAAAUGGAGAAGACUUGGAAUUCGCCGAUGACAGCGACGGGACUCAAGACACUCCUGUACGUCGAGUUAGUCAUGAGGCUCCGGAACCACCCAGCCUUUCCAGCAGCAGUGACAGUCUGGUAAACAGCAGGUCCAGCUACAGUGACUCUAAACUCAUGGACAGAUACCAGAGAAACAAAGCGGCAUCUGUGUCCCAUAACUCAACCUCUUCAUUGCCAUCGAGGAAGAGUUUACAACCACAGACGACAAGAGCCCAAGCGGUUAAUACAACAGGGAGUCCGUCCACAAGGACAAGCUCUUACAGAAACGCGUGCGCUGAUACCAGCAGAUCGUCCUCAUAUAGAGUUGCACAGUCCACAAACAACUCAUUUGGCAGCAAACUUGCUCAGCAUAAUCCUGCCCUAUCAAUACGCUCCGAUUCUUAUCGUGUGGCUUGUGAAGAUCUGGUGCCUUCUGCUGUACCAGAACGUCAGAAAAUACUGGAUGCUCCGAGAAACAGUGUGGACAUGACGGACACUGCACGCGCAGAAUCGUACAGGGUUGCCAUUGAGGAGAUAGAAGAUCCUGAAAUAUUUGAGUACAAACCUGUUAACAAGCGAGCGGCCAUCACCAGCUUGGAUCAGCUGUUGCCCAAGCCAGCAGGAAAUGGUAGUAAAGGACUGAAGUCUCCCAAACAGAUUAAAAGAAGUAUCACUGAAAGUGCCUUUUUCUCGAGGUUGAGAGGAAAACCGGAGAAAUCCACCUCGAAACUUUCCAGUUCUUCAUCCGGACCACUUAAAGGCUCCUACACCCCCUUAGGUUUGUCAGAAAAGCAGGACACUAGUUCUAAACUGAAGACCCCGUCAUCCUCCUACCGAGUCAAGCCAAAGUCCUCGACCUACGUCAGCUUCGAUGUGUUGUCAUCCGUCGAGGAAGUGAAGGAAGACAGCAUGCACGGCUCGAUGGAAUCUGUCAGAGCUCCGUCCAUCUCUUCAAUUCAGUCAUUCCAAAGUGGUCAGUCGUCCAACUCCUUCUUAAAAAGAGAGAGCUCGCUAGACCACGAUGAUCAGCGUCCGCUCGUCCGGAGAAGUCAGCGUCAACCCCCAGGUAAAGGUGUCGGGCACGUUAUCCGUCCCAAUGGGGACAACAGGAGAAGGUCCACGGGGAGCACUGGCAGCACCCGGGUGGUAGGCGGACCCCACGUUACCAACGGUUACUCACACCUACUUCAGGAUCCAUCCAUGGAAACAGGGGUGUGACAUCAUGACCUGUCAAACGGUUCUCAUUUCUUACUCACCCCAUGUUAAUGUUACCUUUCUAAAAGUAUCAUUAUCAUCUUCAUCGACGGAAAUCAUCCCGCUGUCAAAUGAAAUUGUACAACGUACCCAAAUGAAUGUACCAUGCAGCUAUAAAACAAUCGUCCAUUGCUACAAAUUUCUCCGAAUGCAAAGCGUUCUUGUUGUAAAUCACCAUUCAUUUUCCGGGGCACCUUAAAAGGAAAACAUCCUAUCAACCCUAUUAAGUGCAAUAUCUGGCCUUGUUAAAGGACAGGGUAUGCUACUGAUGUUACCCGAAAGCUUAAUUAUUCAGGUCGCUGAAUUCAGGUAACUUUCAUCUGUAAAAGAAUAAUCGUGUUCAUGAUACUGUAUGUUACAUAUGUGUUCAUGUAUGUGUUCAUGGUAUUGUAUGUUACAACAGAUCCUCCAAAGAUUUAAUGCUGUUCAAUCGCCAUGACCAACAGUGUACGGGAUGAUGGAGAUUUGUAACAUUUUAAAAUGAUAUGACAAGUAUACGCGUAUAGGAACCAGACAUUUCACAGAAAGUGAGUCGUAUGUUACAUAUAGACUUCCGUUGAUCACCUACCUCCAGCAGAACGAAUGGCUUCAUAAUGCAUCGUCCUGCCAGUUUAACUGUAGCUUGUAAAUAAAGCGUCAACAGCAACGACAUUUUCAUCAACCGAAAGCAUGCAUGUCCUAUUAUUGCCAAGUGCCUUUUGGCAUUUACUGUUAUUAUAGUUUCUUUGAUCGCCCGUUUUCUUUGCUUGUACGUUCACUGUAUAUUACUGUAACGGCAUGUUCAUGUUUAUAUUAUACAGUGUAUACAUACAUAUCCUUUAACAAAUCGGUUAUGUUGUGUGGUAUUCAAGUAGAGCGAAAAUGGCAUUUUUUUUUUGCGAAUAUAUAAUAUAUACAUACAUAUAGAUAUCUAGCUGCGUAAAUAUAUUUUGUUUUACCAACGUUAUUUUAGAACUCCCAGGACGAAACUAUUUCAAAGCUUUUAGAAAUGUUUUGUGAAAACUUUUUAUUUCACUAUAUAUACAUAAAAUUGCAUGUGCCAUAUUUCGAAUGUACUCUAUUUUAGCCAGUUACAAGUUGGCGCAUGGUAUGGUUUGUGAAAUGUUAAAUCAUAAAUCAUCGUUCUCGUAAAAGAAAGUUAUUUGUAAAUACACGUGUACAACUGUGUGGCAUGAUAAGGUCAGCAGUGAAGUAAGGGGGACUACUCUGGGUGAUUUUUAUAGAAGAAUUCAUCAUUGAUGCCUUUGUAGAAGGAUGGCGGCGAAGCGUUCUUUAAGUUGAACUGUGGUUAAGAAGCACGGCCUUCUGAUAGUUUUACUUGCAGCUGCAUCGGAUCAUUUUUCAGUUAUUAGGCCGAAAUGAUUUAUCUUUCAGGAAAUUUAUUUCGUAUCACUGAAGAGUUUUUUCUUCGUUUCGCAGUUUCGAAGUUUCGAAUAUUAUUUCAUCAAUUGUAUAAAUUUAUUGUAAAUAAAUUUCUGCAGUGAUUGUCCAGCAUUGGUCAGUGACGUUUCAGAAAAGAACAUCCAAAAGUACAUAUCAUAGAGGUGAUGAGAAAAUUGCAGGGCAAAGAUUAUAAAAAUAAUUUUUGCUUUGAUCGUUUAUUAAGUAUUUUCGUUUGUAUCAUUAAGAGUGAUGUUUGUUUGUUUAUUUUUAAUCGUGAAAUGUAGUUUCAUGCCUAGUUUGGUAGUUUACUUUUAUUGGAUUGUUAGUGUAGUUAGAAUCAUCGUACCAACUGCAGUUGAUCGGUUGAGGUAAAGAAGGACAUGUAAAACAUGCUUUAUAUUAGAAAUAGAAUAAACUUUAUUUUCAACAGUG